CGGCGCACGCUCACGAGGCGCCGAGCGCGUCACCGCGCCCGGGCGCCCUCAGCGCGCCUGCGCACACCAAUACAAGAUGGCGGAGAGUGCGGAACUAAAGCAAAUGGUGAUGAGCCUGCGGGUGUCGGAGCUCCAGGUGCUGCUAGGCUACGCUGGGCGCAACAAGCAUGGGCGUAAGCACGAGCUUCUAACCAAGGCAUUGCAUCUGCUAAAGGCAGGCUGCAGCCCCGCCGUGCACAUGAAGAUCAAAGAGCUGUACCGCAGACGCUUCCCUGCAAAAAUGAUGUCUCACGCUGAGCUUUCCUUGCCCGGACCACACCAUCCAGCCACAGCAGGGAUAGUUGGAGGAGGUGGAGCUGCUUUGCCUGCUGCCUUGACACAGCUGGCGUACGAGGGCCACGCUGGUCAUGGUGGAGCCCCGUCACCUGCUGCCUUAAUACCUCUCUCGCUACUCGGUCCCGGGAAACACGAGCUGACUGGUUUGGCACACCACAUGUUCGCCACGGUCCCACUGCACCCCGUCCACCCAGAUGUGAAGCUCCAGAGGCUACCAUUUUAUGACAUGCUGGAUGAACUCGUCAAGCCAACCAGUCUAGCUUCGGACAACAGCCAGAGGUUUCAGGAGACGUGUUUUGCCUUUGCAUUAACGCCACAGCAAGUCCAGCAGAUCAGCAGUUCAAUGGACAUCUCGGGGACCAAAUGUGAUUUCUCAGUUCAAGUCCAAUUGCGGUUUUGCCUGUCAGAGACGAGCUGUCCUCAGGAAGAUCAUUUUCCACCCAGUCUGUGUGUGAAAGUAAACGGCAAGCCAUGUAACCUGCCGGGUUAUCUUCCUCCAACCAAAAACGGUGUCGAGCCAAAGCGGCCCAGCCGACCCAUCAACAUUACCUCACUGGUCAGAUUGUCUACCACAGUUCCGAAUACCAUUGUGGUGUCCUGGACUGCUGAGAUUGGAAGGAAUUACUCCAUGGCAGUGUACUUGGUUAAGCAGCAGUCAUCCACAGUGCUUUUACAGAGGCUUCGGGCUAAAGGCAUAAGGAACCCAGACCACUCCAGAGCACUCAUUAAAGAGAAGCUCACAGCAGACCCAGACAGUGAAAUAGCCACAACCAGCCUUCGUGUGUCCUUGCUCUGCCCGCUCGGAAAAAUGAGGUUGAUGAUUCCAUGCCGGGCGCUGACAUGCUCCCACCUACAGUGCUUUGACGCCACACUGUAUAUUCAAAUGAACGAGAAGAAGCCCACCUGGGUGUGUCCUGUCUGUGACAAGAAGGCCCCUUAUGAACACCUGAUCAUCGACGGGCUUUUUGUGGAGAUCCUGAACAACUGUUUAGAUUGUGAAGAGAUCCAGUUCAAGGAAGAUGGGAACUGGGCCCCCAUGAGGACAAAAAAAGAAGUGCAGGAGGUAUCUUUUGCUGCUUUAAAAAGUAGCCUGAAUGGUCAGUGUCCAACAUCUUUGAGCUCAGAUCAGCAGAGCUCCUUGUCAGCCAAUCACAGCAGUGACAGCAGUAACAGCAAGGGAACGGCUAUGAUUGACUUGACACUAGAAAGUUCCUCAGAAGAUGAAGACCAGGAAUCGCCGCCGCCUCUGCCGCCACCACCCCUUCCUCCGUUGCCUCCGCCCACCAAACGAUCCUGUCCGUCCAUUUCCCCAACAUCACCGCCUGUCCUCAACAAGGGAGUGUUGAACAUGCAUCACCAGGCCUCGCCGGUGAGUCGUGCACCUAGCAUGACAGCCUUGGACACUAGCUACAUACCCCCUGUCCCCCCACUGAUCCAGGACUAUAGACCCUACUACCACACCCCCAAUGACCUUCCAGAUUUGAACUUCUUCUCUUUCCUGCAAGGUGACAAUCAUCAGCAUUACAACAUGGUGAUGGCAGCAGCAGCAGCUGCCUCCGCCUCGGAGGAUCACGAGCUUCUGCUCAACCGCUUCCUGCCCUACAGCACCUCCAGUUCCACGGCCUCCUCUCAGCUGUUCCUCGACCAAUCGGGAGCCAAUUCAACAUCUGUACUGACUUUGCCGAGCAACGGGGCCAGCAGCUCAGGCAGCAGCAGUAGCAGCAGCCUGGUGUCAUCCAGUAGCCUUCGGGACACUCACUCCUUGUCCUCACACUCUCACGGUGGGGUGUUGGCUGGCCGGGGAAGCGCAGAAGCAGCGGUGGCAGCUAUUUACGGAGGAAUUCCUGAUGUUAUAUCGUUGGACUGACUCGCAAAGAGUCAGGCUCAAUCCAACAAUGAAUUUACCUGCAGGUAGAGAACUGACUCACAAACUCGACUAGAGUCAUUCGACUCCUCAUGGAGUUGCAGUGUAAGAGGCAGACCAGGAGGACUUGAUGGCAACGUUGGCGCAAACAGUUGCGAAGGUCAGAUGAGCACAUGGGUUUUGACUUUUUCAGUGGCUCACGUUCGGGCAACUGGUUCCAACCUGGCACAAACAGCAAAGACACAAAGGAGGAUAGCUCUUUUUUAACGAACACAAGGUGGGGCAGCAUGUACAGAGAACAAAAUCUAUUUUCUUCUUUUACUUUUGUAUGUUUGACUGGGAAACGUCCAGAGUAGCGAGCUGCUUCAACUGCUGUUUCUGACCACGUUAUAGGUUGUGGUUCAUAUGUAAUGUGUGACUCAUGUCCCGUUUAGCGAAAUCAUGGUUUCAAAGUCAUCACUACAUCUAUCCCCUCAAGUCAUUUCUCACUUUUACACAAUAUAAAUUCCUUUACUUGUUCAGGUUACAUAGAUCGCGUGAUCGGGAAUGUGCAGGUGGAGCGGCCAUAUCUCAGGGUUCCUACGCAAGUAUGGAAAGUAUAUCAAAUUAGGGAAUUUGGAUUCAUAAACGUCCAAGUGAAAGUAGGGCAAAAUUCCCACUAUUAUAUGGAAAAAUAUUUCUGUUUCCAAGACUGUUACAGCAGCUCUGUUUUCUAAAACAAAAAAAUAUGACGAUCCCAAAAAAAUGUAUCGAUUGAUUUGUGUUGUCUUUGCUUGGAAAUUCAGUUACAAUACUUGUGUGGGAGCAUACAGUAUUAUACUACAGUCUUGGUAAAUACUCAAUUUUGAUUGGCUUAAUCCAAUCUUAAAUCCAUCGAUGUGUAUUAUCAGUUAAUGAUAUACACUUUAGAAAGUUGAGAGGAGUUCUAGUCAUAAAAUCUUGAUAUUGUUUCAAAUGUAUGUACAGCACCCCUAGCCAUUAAAUUAUACAUGCAAACAUGGCAACCAUAUUUUCUGAUAAAUAAUUGGAAAUACUCUGAGGAUAGCGAUAAGCAUUUUUAAGACAAUAACAACUAAUUUAAACCUUUACUUGAUCUCGUCAUUUUGGCGAUUAUAGGAGGACUUGAGAGGAUAAUGAAUAAACAGAAGCAGUACAAAGUUAAAUUUAUAUUUAAAUCAAUUUGAAGACAAGAAAGAUGAAGUCAAUGCCAAGAAGACAACAAAAUAGACCAUUAAAAUGGCAAGACACUCCCUGGCAUAAUUAUUGACACUUCAUCAUUGAAUGAAGACCGACAGAGAACAGGGUUGCGACCCUUACAGCUUGCAUCAACUGCUACAUACGGUACAGUAUAAAUGUAUUGAAUAUGUGUAAUAAUCAAAACUAAUUUUAUUGUCAUGCCUGUGGCUGAUAUUUAACAUUGCCAGACUUGAAAUAUAGUGGCAUGUAACGUAUCAGUGACGUUCACCUAUUUGCUCCAAUGUCACAAAUGUUUUUUUUUUUUUUUUUUUUUAUACAAGAACUCUGGAAAUGAGGGUCGAGAAAAAAGUCUGUAAUUUUGGAAGUUUUAAAUGUGUAGGAACCCUGACAUCUACUUCUGGUUGAUCAUUUUCAUUCCUUUUGAAGAUUCCGCCCACAUACAGUGCAGCAUUGACAAUGUUUUGGGGGUUUUGCUUGAUUUAUAUUGUAAAUCAUGAGAGGGAAGGAUUUUUUUUUUCUUCAUGCCAAAAAUAAGGUACCUUGACAAUGAUCAGUGUGCUCAGAAAGUGAGUCCUCUUGUAUCUUUGGACACUUAAACCACAUUCUUGGAGUCGUUGUUACUCAAUCAUUCAGAAUAGAUGAAUAAUACAGUUGCAAGUCAAACCCCAGCCCUUUUGUAGUUGUGCCAAGGCCUACUUGGAGUUUUAACGACUGCCUGUUUGUGUAAAUGCUUCUCUGCAUUUUAGGGAUGAAGGUUUCUCCUCAGUCAAAAAGGAAUGUAUUCAUAUGUCCCCUGUUUUUGUAAACAUUGACUCAUUUAUGAGGAGCUGACAAAGGGUUGUUUGACUUCAGCAAUCGAGUGGAUGCUUUGAGCUUGAACAAUGUUCACUUGGGAAGAGACAUUGGACCAUGUUACCUUGGACUGCAUGGAAAAUUUUAUGAUCAAUUGUGUCAAAAUUGUGCCCUAUAUAGAAUAUCCGUCCAUUCAUCUCAGUCGCUUAUCCUCACAAGGGUCAGGGGAGUGCUGGAGCCAAUCCCAGCUGUCAUCAGGCAGGAGGCAGGGUACACCCUUAACUACUUUCCAGCCAAUCGCAGGGCACAUAGAGACAAAGAGCCACACUCACAAUGACACCUAGGGGAAAUUUAGAGUGUCCAAUUAAUGUUGCAUGUUUUUGGGAUGUGGGAGGAAACCGGAGUGUCCAGAGAAAACCCACACUGGCAAGGGGAGAACAUGCAAACUCCACACAUGCAGGGCUGGGAUUGAACCCCGGUCCUCAGAACUGUGAAGCCAACACCCUAACCAGCUGCACCACCUGCCACCCGAUGUAGAAUACUUAUCAAUUUUACUUAGCAAAGGAAAUUUAUUUGUAGAGUGCAUUUCUUAUACAAGGUAACUCAAUGUGCUUUACUUGAUUAAAAAUAUUUAAAAACAAAGAAAUACAACGUUUAAAACAGAAAAAUUACAAUAAAAACUUUACAGUGGAAGAAAAAUUUUAAGAUGGAAAUAUUCUAAAAAGCAUGGAAAAAAAAAUUAGACCGGGAUUUAAAAGCAUUCACACUUGGGGAUGAUGUCACUUCUGGUGGAAACUUAUUCCAUUUGUGUGCAGCAUAAUAACUAAAUGCUCCUUUACUGUGUUUACUUUGGACUCUGCGCUCCACUAUUUGAUUUGAGUCUGUUAAUAUCAGAGCCCUACAGGGUUUGUAUUGCAUUAGCAUUUCUUUCAUGUAGUCAAGACCUAAACCAUUUUGAGUGGUGAUUUAUAGACCAGUAGGAGAACUUUAAAAUGUAUUCUAAAGCUGACUGGAAGCCAGCGUAAAGACUUUAGAUUUGGAGUUAUGUGCUCUGACCAGAAGAGUCAGAAGUCAGAAGACCUUUGCAAUAAUCAAAUCUACUUGAAAUAAAUGCAGUACUUGUUGUAAAAUACCUUACACAACUAUUUUUAACUCUGAAAUGCUUUGUAAUCAAUUGAAAAAAAGUUGAUUUGUGACUAAAACUCGUAAAAGGUACAUGCUACAUACACCAUCUGUCCAUUUUCUUAGCCGCUUAUCCUCAAAGGGGUCGCGGGGAGUGCUGGAGCCUAUUCCAAGUGUCAAUGGGCAGGAGGCGGGGUACACCCUGAACUGCUUGCCAGCCAAUCGCAGGGCACAUGGAGACAGACAACAGUUGUACUCACAAUUACACCUAGGGGCAAUUUAGAGUGUCCAAUUAAUGUUGCAUGUUUUUGGGAUGUGGGAAGAAACCGGAGUGCCUGGAGAAAACCCACACAGGCACAGGGAGAACAUGCAAACUCCGCGCAGGUGGGUCCGUGAUUGAACCCGGGACCACAGAACUGUGAGGCCAAUGCUUUACCAGCUGAUCCACCGUGCUGCCCAUGCUACAUACUGUAAAACAAAAUAAAGAGGGGGGAACCCAGUGCAGUGACAGCCAUUCAAGCAAAUGUAAACACAGUAAUUUCAAGAAAAUAUGGGACUAGUUCAGUGUUCCCUACAUGUUCUUAACUCCUGUCACACCGAGCAGAUGAAUGCUGUCAAGAUAAAUUUGGGACAUUUUGGAGGUAUGUGUGGAUGCAGAAUUUAGUUCAGGUCAUGCUCUUCUUUUUCAUGCAACAGAUUGGUUGAAACUGAAUCAACAGUGUCUCAGCCGGCUCCAGCAAAGUAGUCCACUGCAUUUUACCUCCUUAUUGUCAAAAUGUAGUUAAACAACAACUCCACAUAAUCAUUAGAAUACUCAACCACAAGUUCAUCAACUAAUUACUGCAGUUAUUGUGCCCAUCCCUACAUUCAAAAUAGCAUUUGUAAAUUCCAUCCUUCCAUUUUCUGUACCGCUUUCCCUCAUUAGAGCCACAGGUGAGCUGGAGCCCAAGAUCAAAUGUGUACUUUUGCUUUAGUCACAAGUUGUUCACAAGGUCCACUGUGCAUUCUCUCCAUUGUACAGGAUGUCCCACUAAAUGCAUCAUGACUUAUGGGACACCCUGUAGUGACUGGGGUCUCAUGAGACCUGAAGUGAGACAGAAUAAGAAGUGGCCCCUUUUUUUUUUUAAAUGACAUAAUAAUGUCAAAUAAUUCUCUUUUCAGUUGAAGUUUUUCUUCACAAGGACUUGAAAAAAAUAAAAGAACCUUCAAACUGAUUUUAUCUUCUCACAAGAAACAACCCAGUCUAUAAAAUGCAAUCAUUUUGGAGAGUUUGUUAUCUUGUCUUUCCUGUGUUGUGGACAAUUGUAUUUAUUUGGUAUUAUUUUUAUGUAUGCGUGCGUAACUAUUUUUACCAAUUUAUUUCUGUGGGAAAAUAUGUGUCACUAUCAUUCCAGAUCUGUUUUUUACGUGAUGUAUUUAACUUAGUUUGACAGCAUUGUGCUUUCUCACAAGCAGCGCAUUUAAGUUAUUAACAAAACAUUUUCACACAGUUUCUUGAGAGCUUUAAGAGAGUAAAAAUGCAAAACUUGUACUGAGUGAAUGCAUAUAGUUUGCUUUGCCGUCAAUACAUCAUUAGGAGCCAUCAUAAUGGAUCAGUUCAGAAUGGUCUAAUGGCAAGUCAUUGGAAGAUAUAUUGGAAUUGAACAGUGGCUCAGCUGGUAAAGCCUUGGCCUCACAGUUCUGAGGUCCAGAGUUCAAUCCCAGCCCUCCCUAUGUGUAGUUUACAUGUUCUCCCCAUGCCCGCGUGGGUUUCCUCCAGGCACUCCGGUUUCCUCCCACAUUCCAAAAACAUGCAACAUUAAUUGGACACUCUAAAUUUCCCCUAGGUGUCAUUGUGAGUGCGGCUGUUUGUCUCGACCUGCCCUGCGAUAGGCUGGCAACCAGUUCAGGGUGUACCCCGCCUCCUGCCCGUUGACAGCUGGGGUAGGCUCCAGCACUCCCCGUGACCCUAAUGAGGUCAAGCGGUGAAGAAAAUGGAUAGAUGGAUGAACCUUUACAAGUGAACUUAUUGGGUCAUCUCUAAACAAAUGUUUCAGAACCUUUUGCACAGCUUGCUGUUCUCUGACAAAAGCUGAAUGGCAAAAUACAGCAGGCGUUUGAUCUACAAAUGGAGUUCCUAGUUCAGUUUGAAUUGGAUUUUUCCUUUGGAAAGUCUUUUUUGUCAUUCUGUUCACAUUUUGACAUCAUCUGUCCAAGAGAAUCCCGCAUGGUGGAGUACUGGUUUGAAGAUCUGCUUCACAGUGCUGAGGACAGGAUUUCAAAUCCCAGCCAUGCCUGUGUAGAGUUUGCAUGAUCAAACUGUGCCUGUGUGGGUUUUCUCUGGUUUCUUCCCACUUCCCAAAAAUGUGUAGUAAGUUGACUUACGAUUCUAAAUCAGUCUCCAUGUGCCCUGCGAUUGGCUAGGAACCAGUUUAGCAUGUACCCUGCCUCUCACCUGAAGAUCCUUCUAUAGCAGGGGUAUUCAAUGUGUGUCCGUCAUGAUCGACUAGGCAGUUUUGGACGAUUGCAUGACGACGUCAGCCUAUCAUCCAUCUCGUUGCUUGAUUCAGGCAUCAAUCUCACGCACAUAAAGGGGCGUACUACCAAGCUGGCCUCCGAUUUACGGUCUCGCUUUUGCUUUCUCCAGUCGCUGGGAUGCGAUAGGAUUAUAGGACAGGCUCCAGCAUGCUUGCAACUCUACUGAGGGCGAGCAGUACAGAAAAUGGAUUAGUCCAGGAGGAAACCUAACAAAAAUGGAGCACCUGUACCAUGCCACUGACAGGCUUCAAAAAGGAUGUUCAAUAACCCAGGAGGCCACUGAUAUUUGACUGUCUUUAGUAGGUAGUAACAGAGUUUACUGUUUGCUUCUUUGUUGGAGAAUAGGUUCUUGUUCAAAACAAUCUAAAACAUUGAACAGCUGGACAAGAUGGGCUCCUUUUUUGAAGAGACAGAUGGCACAUCUGCGGUGGAGUGCAAACACAAGAGUAUCCUGUUUUUUGUGCCAGCCCAAGGCUCACUGUGUGUGUGGCAAUAAGGGUGUGUCCUUUGACAUGCGCCUUGUGGCUAUGACAAUUUGGUACCAGAAAGUGGGUCCAAACUUAAGCCUCCCUGAACCAGGUCUAAUGCUAUGUGCCCACUAGAUGCAUUUCGGUCAUUUCAUUCAGGGUAAUUGCAUAGAAAGUCAAUCCAGUUUUUACGGCUAGAUGUGAAUUUGUGCGGGCUGUUGCGAAUGAUGUGGCUUGAAUGACCCAAAAAUUAGAAAAUUUGGCCCCUCCCCCUGAAUGCUUGAAGCCAGGACUGCUGAACUUGGACAGGAGGUAAUGUCGGUGCCUCGUGGAGUGGAAGCCCCACCAUUUUCCAAGUUACAGCACUGACAAACCACAAGCACUUUCAAUGUGUCAAUGUGUCACGCGAGCAAACUCAAGCAAAGGACGCAUGGCAAAGCAUUCUUUUCAUGUCCGGUGGGUACGUCGCAUAAAACUAGCGGCGAUCUAAUACGAUUUUGGUGAAUUUGAUCAAUGUACCGCUAGACAAAUAGGCAAGCUCCAUGGUCAUAUGAUGGAUGUCAGAUGUAUUCCAUUCAUAGAUAUGUGAAAAGCAGACACCACACCCUCUGAAAUAUUAUAGAAAUCAAUUCAUUGAACUUCCCAUUAUUGUUUUUAGUGGUGGCAGUAUAUAUUUUAAAUCAUCUCACAAGGCCAGCACACAUAUGGGGUUGGGGAUCAACAAUUAGGGCUGGGGAUAGAUACAUGAGACAUGACCAGCUGCUCAUUAUGUAUUUAAUAAGGGUACCCACUUGGACUUGAGGCCCCAUACCGCAGUGGUUACCCACUUAGACUGCCCUCUGGCACACUGGCCGAGAGAUGAAGGUCCAGUCAUGCACCGAUUGCUGUCAUUUUGCAUCCAUCGUCCUCUCCCUCUUAGAGAUUUUUCCAUGUGAGACUGUCAUUUGCCAUAUUUAAAGCAAAUGAGUGGAGUCGCUUUAAUUGGACCUGAAUGAAGUUGGAUGUGUUGAUACCCACAGUGGUGCAGACCAUCUUUUAAAUACAGUAGCUCCGAAAUUACCUGCCUCUGGACAGUUUACACCACCCCAUUCAUGCUGGAUUUAGACUGGCCAUCAAAAUAGAGUCCACGGAGUUCCUAAAAUUGAGAGCUCCAAUUAUGUUUUCCUGUUAAACAAUUUAGGUUCAUCCUGAAAUUUCACAGCACGAAAAUUGAAUGUUCAUAACUUUUGGUGAGUAGGGUUUAUUGAACUUUUGUUUCAAUUUUUAAAUCACUGCCCCCCCUCCCCCCCAAAAAAACAAAAAGAAAAACAGUACAAUAUUUCAAAGAAGUAGCAAUCAUGCAGUUUCUCACUUAGUGAUUUUGGUUUUCUGAUUACAAAGUGUUUGCCUUUCCCAUGCAAUCCAGGUUAAAGGUGCUCAGCAUUGAGUUGACAGUUAAAUUAUGUACUGUAAUGACACGGACGGUUGAGUAAACGCUCCUAAAUAUUUGAACAAACUCAAUAUAUUGUAACUUGUGUCCUGGUUGUGUAUCAGGACUGUGGUGUGCGGGUUAGGUAGGGAGUGUCGCAGGCCGUGUUGAAUGUGUUUCUGCUCAAGUGCCCUGUGUUGGAUGGAUGAAUGGAUGGACAAAAUGUUUUCUUAAAAGGUUGCAGUCAUGUACAACAGUAGCAUCGUUGCGAUAUGAAGCUACUGUAUUCCUCUUUCCUUCUGUGGGAGGAUCGCAGACGGCAGGCAGGAACGGACAAGCGCACAUCAGCAUGUGUGCACACGCGCACUACAUUUUGUCCAUUAUCUUCCUGUAUGCGGUC